UCCCUUUUCAGAAAUUCCAGAAAUGAGUCAUUUCACUUGGGAACAGUUACUGGAAAAGUUUGAAGCGGUUGAAUUUCCAGAAAGGAACGGAAAGCAAGAUGAAUUGCCUCAAGUUUCCAGCUUUGUUGAAGCCUGUUUGGAAAUGGGAGCUUUCUUUAACCUUUUGGGAAGGGCUUUCAGUUUUGUCCAAAGUGAUAUCUUGAGCAAGGCAAAAAUAAUUCAAGAUUAUGGAGAAAGGUUGCAUCCUCAACAAGGCUCGCUUCAAGAAAUAAUAGAACAGGAACUGGAUACCGGAGCUUGUGCAACCAAUGAACCUCCUUCUUGUUCUAGAACUGUGUUGAGAUUGUUAUGGGCCACUCAUUUUUUGUAUGUUUUGGUUCAAAAACUUACCACCGAUGAAACUAUUCCUCUAAGAAGUUGUGUAAGAGAAGCUUAUGAUAUAGCACUCAAGGACCAUCAUUCAUGGGCCAUACAGAAAGCAGUACAUACAGCUUUGAUAUUUUUGCCGUCAAGAGACUUUUUUUAUAGAAAAAUAGGUGUGGAUAUUCAUAAGAGAGAUUCCUAUAUGAAAAGAGGAGAUAAGGCUCUCGGUAAGGAGCAAACGAGACUCGUAAAAUGCAACAGAUAAAUAUUUGCUACUAGGCACAAUUGUUCAAAGAAUGUAUCAUUU